AUGGUACUUGAUCCGCUUUCAGCCCUUGGGCUUGCGGGGAAUAUUUUGCAGUUCAUCGAUUUCGGUUCCAAGCUGCUUUCCAGCUCGCGCGAGAUUUACAAAUCUGCCAAAGGCCUUUCAGCUAACCACCAACACCUGGAGCAGAUCACUAUUAGCCUUAUUGAUUUGAACUCCAGGCUAUCUCAAGGCUCAGCUUCAGCAUCUCCCACGACAUAUGGACAGACGCUCAACAGACUUGCUCUCGCUUGCAAAGAUGACGGCAAUAAGCUCCUAUUGGCAAAAGAAAGGCUCAAAUUAGAACAGACAAACACCAAAUGUAAAAGUUUUCAACAAGCCUUAAAAUGUGUGUGGAAAGAGCGUGAUCUCAGGGACCUUGAAACUCGCUUAGAUGGGUAUCGAUCCGAGCUCAAAAUACAACUUUUGAAAGUGUUUGGUGAUCAGCAGUCUGACGUCCUGACCGUGCUUCGCGGUCUCGUGAAUGAAAAUGAAAGGAUGGAGAUCGAUCGGAAUCAGCAAAUUCAAACACUUGCGGGUAAAGUAGAUGCUUUAGGUCGUAUGCAAGCGAGAACAAUGGUGGAUGUAAACUUUACGGAGCUUGCCAAAACGUUGGCUCAAUUGCGAACCGAUGCCUCUAAUUUAUUGAAGGAGCAGACGAUCCUUGCAAGUUUGCGAUUUCAGCAGAUAGAUGCCCGCCAUGAAAGCAUCCCUGAAGCACAUACGAAAACCUUUAAUUGGAUAUUCCAGAGCGCAGAAGGCGCAGAUGAUUUGAGGCCUAAAGUCAAAUUCAUGGAAUGGCUGAGAAGAGAUCGCAUAGACCAAGGUCUUUACUGGGUUGGUGGCAAAGCCGGCUCGGGAAAAUCAACACUGAUGAAGUUCAUCUGCGACCAUCCCAUGACGAUGGAAAGAUUGAGAUGCUGGGCGGGAGGUGGACGUCUAGACACUGCAAACUUCUUCUUUUGGCGGUCGCUACGUUGCAAAAGUCUCAAGAGGGGCUUCUGCAGACAUUGCUGUAUGAGAUCUUGCGAAAAUGUCCACAUUUAA